CAACAUGGCCACGAGCAUCCUCAAGAGCUUCCUCAUCCCGCUUCCAACUCCGUCUUAUUUGCCCAUGAGUUUCCAGCACUCUCCAUGCAAGGACGAUGAGGAGGAGAAACUGAGAGAAAAACCAGAGGGAAGAGAAGAUGAGGAAGAGAGAGAUGAAGAAGAGGAGGAAGAUGAGGAGUGCGAGGUUCAGCAGGAUGAGGAAGACUAUUUAGAUAGGUUUCUUUUAAACCCUGCUAACAAUUUUCUGGAUAUGACCACGCAGCUGCUGAGGUUUGCUGAGCUCAUUAGUCGUGAUGUCCAGAGGUAUUUCGGUCGCUGCUCUGACAACCAGGAACCUUGUGACAUCUACACUGACUCUGUUUCUGAGACAACCAGUGCGCGUCUACGAUACUAUGAUGACCUGCUGAGAAUUGCAAGAGACGGAAGUCCAGACAUGCAAGAAAACAACCUGGUUACUUGCGCUGAGGAUCCAGUAGUCAAGGUAGCCAAAGGCAGCGGGGGUCUGGGGCCCCUGGCCGAACUGUUCGACCACAGGGGCCUGAUCCAGAGCACAGGCCAACCGAUGAUCAAGCGGCAUCUGCCGCUCAGCUUCUGGACGGAACCCGUCCCCCGCUGCUCUGUGGUCAGUUUCAGCAGUACAGGUGCCAUCACGCACACGUCUAUACAGGGCGACGCACAGCCCAGCAGUGACGGACACAUGCACUAUGACCCUCCUGCACACAACACGCACGCUCUCGACAGCACAGAGCCCGACUUCAGCGAUCUGCUGGCAAACUGGGAUCCAAACCUGGAGUUCAGUCACACGCUGAUUGACACGCACAUGCAGCACUAAACCCCCAACAGAUUCAUUCAUGUCCUUCAAAGCUGUGAAACAAAAGGUCAAUAAAAAUGAAAACAAAACCCCCAAAAACAGUUUUUUCUUCAGUUUUGUCUUUCAGGGUCAGUUUAAGCAAAGAAGUGUCU